AUGUCUGUCAAGAGAGAAGAAUGUCGUGAGCAAGUGAUAUUUGGGAUCGACAUAGGCACGACCUUCUCUGGUGUCGCAAUGUCAUGGCGUCAAAUAACUGGCGAAAUCCGUCAGCCUGCGGUACUUGAACGGCUCACCGGCCAAGUUCCGGGAAGGGCUAAGGUGCCCUCCGUCCUCCUUUACAAUCGGAAAGGCGUAUGCGAAAAGUGGGGGACUCAGACAGAGGACUUGUCCAAGCCUGACAGGACACGACUGAGGGACGGAGACCUGAUUCGAUGUGAAUGGUUUAAACCGCAUAUUGACCCCGACAAUCAAGUGCAGCACGAAGCGCUCUCUGAUCCUGCCCGACAAUUACCUCUCGGUAAAACCGCGUAUGACGUUUGGGGCGACUAUCUCGAGUGCCUGAUCAAGGCGGCCAAGGAUGACGCGAGGAACGUAUUGGUCAUGACUACAACCUGCAUGGACGAACUCAGUCGGAAUGGCCAAAUGAUCUAUGUCAUCGGGGUCCCGGUCGCUUGGUGCACUCCAACCAUUCAGGCGCAACUGCGUCACCAGGCCUUGCGGAUCGGCCUAAUCUCGAAGCGCACGGAGUCCUGUUUGAGAUUUUGCUCUGAACCAGAGGCCGCCGCACUCCAUUCUUUUGAUCGCACUCGACAUCUCGCUAAGCAGGGCGACGUAUUUAGCGUUAUCGAUGCAGGUGGGGGUACUGUCGACUUUACCUCCUAUGAGGUCACUCGGUCUAUACCCCUUGAGAUCAAAGAAUAUGGAACUACUCAGAGCAAAAGAUGUCUAUUUCAUGGAUCGACCUUUGUCGAUACUUCCUUCCGAGCGGUGUUCAAAGAGAAAUUGGAGCAAGAAUACCCAGCGCAAAUCUCUAGUGUACAUAUCGAUCAAGGAGUUGCCAAAUUCAUCGAGGCCAAACGCUGGUUCUCCCCUACCUCGGAUGUCGCCUUCUGGCAGAUCUCGCAAGACACGACCGAAUUCGAUUGCGGGGGCGUGGAGGUUCCGCCAUCUUGGAUCGAAGAAGCCUUCCGACCUCAUGUCAAGGCUAUCAUCAAUGUUGCGUCAAGGAUAGCGGCAGCCGACAAGCCAAAGUACGUGUUCUUGACAGGUGGAUUUGGGGACAACGCUUUCCUCAAGAACAGACUCGAACUGGGUGCCGGUAAGACUGUUCAGGUCAUACAACCGGAAUGUAGUGCUUCAUCAUCUGGAUCACGAGCGGUAUCCUUGGGGGCAUGCCUCUACAUCAUCCAGAACCCGGUUGCUUCUCGCAUCAGCAACGACUGGAUAGGCAUCGCGUACCAUCGAGAAGCACAGCCGUGGGAGAUUCUUGAUCACCCAGAUCUAGUUUACGAUCACUUAGAUGGCACCAAACAUCUUGAGGCUUUCCUGCCUAUCAAGGCGAAGGCUCAGAUUGUCGAAGAAGAUGAUUUCUUCAGUCAUCGCUGCAAUUACGAGUACAAAAGCCGUCCUUUGAAAAAGGAAAGCCGGACCAUCAAACUGUUCCGGUCGUCACAAGACAAGGCGCCGCUUUACUCAGGGGAUACCGAUCUUGAACUGAUUGGCACGGUCCGACUGGAGGUCAAUCCGAAGAUGCCGUCCGAAGUUGUGGAGAUAAGAGCCGGAGUACGGCGAUACAAAUACCAUUUCGAAGUGCGGCUGUACAUUUUCGAUACCGAAAUAAAGGCACAAGUCUACUCAGACGAUGGAAAGAUUCUGGGUCAGGCUAGUUUCUUGGACCUGGCAUGA